AUGACAAGGAUGGACGUCUUGGGUUUGAGUUCUUCAAACCCGGCUUAUUCUUACAAAGCUUCUUAUGCGCCUCCCUACGCAUCUUCCGUCUCUUCCGCUUCCUCCUCUUCCUCCUCCGUCUUCUCCCUAGAUGGCAACUCGGCCCAGAGUUCCAUCUCCUCGACCUCUACAAACCCCGUUGAUGUGGCUUGGGAACAUGAGGGCGAACAAUCUCUGCCUGCAAGAGGCUCGCUGCCGAGUCUGCGUGGACCGGUCCCUCCCAAACCUGAUGCUGCCGUGCCCCCGGAGUUGCGCAAACAUCCCCGGCGUACCAGUACAUAUGUGGCCCAGUCCAACGGCGUUCCCUGCGCGCGGCCCCCACCCUGUCUGAUGCGACAGUCGGAGCGCAAAGUGAACUUUGUCGACAACCUCGUCGACACCGCAUCGCAGAUCGUCGAGAUCAUCUGGCCCUUGUCCGCAGUAUCACUUCGUAGUGACUCAUCGACCGGUUGCAAGGGCGUUUUGCCUCUUCGCACCUUUAUCCAAGAGACUCUGCGUCGGUCUCGGACUAGCUACAGCACGCUGCAAGUGGCGCUCUACUAUUUGAUCAAGAUCAAGCCGCAUGUGCCCAGCCAGACAGAACAGUCGCGCGACAAGCCUGUCUGCCGGGCCAUGCAGUGCGGUCGUCGCAUGUUCCUUGCGGCCUUGAUUCUCGCUUCCAAGUACCUGCAGGAUCGCAACUAUUCGGCCCGUGCUUGGAGCAAGAUCUCAGGUCUUAACACGCUGGAGAUCAACCAGAACGAGCUGAUGUUCCUCGAAGCGGUUGGCUGGAGACUCCACAUCUCCGAAGCAACCUUCCAGCGCUGGACGGACGUCGUUCUGAAGUACACCCCCGGAGCCGGAGCUGCUCUUGGGGACGGUCACUGCUGGCGAACCGUCAUUCCCCGGCUCACCCCCGAGUUGGACGUGAUUGAGUUUGAGCCGAUCACCCCGCCAUCCAGCGGGGAGUCGUCUGUCGCCAGCUCACCGUCUCCGCGCAGCGUGCCCGCUGCCUACGAGCCGGCUGCUAACACCAGUCUGCCGUCUAUUCACGAGCAGGUCCCAUCUUUGCGACGCAAUGCUCCCAUGCCGUUGGAACCGAUGCCGCGGAUGGAGUAUCCUCCUUCCAUUCACCGGCCUCAGAUGCUCCCGACGCCGCAGAUGACGCCUCAGUCGAGCCUAGCAUCCACUCCUGCUGCGAGUGCCACCUCGUUUGGUCCCCGCCGGCCAUCCAUCUAUGCCGCCGUCUCGCAGGCUCAGAACAUGGGUAUGGCGCGGUCAACUAUUGACCAGCGCCCCCCUCUGAGCUUCUGCAAGGCGAACUCAUUUGAUGGAUACCCGGCGGUGGUCCGUCGAUCAUCCCUGACCCGCUCGACUUCAUCUGCGUCGUCUCCGGAGUCGAUGGUGUCGGACGCUUCUACGCUGUCGUCUGCCCGCUCGUCCCGGUCUUCGUCGGUCUCUUCCAACACAUCGGGCCCUGCUGCUCCGUCUUCUCAGCAGACGCGUUUGGCGGUCAAGGCGACUCUCAACCACUCCAUGCGGGAGAGUCGCAAGCAGAUGGUGACCGUCGUCUCCCCUAUUGAUGAAUCUGGUGGGAUCUACAGCUCUCCUGAAGGGUAUGCUACAUCUGUCGGCCAAGUCCCAGACUUUUCUCAUUUUUCUCUGGGUACCCCGGUCGAUCAAGAGGCUGCCCGGAGUUUGUGUGAGCUGUCUGGUGCUGUUCCUCGACCGCAACCUCCAACGGCCGGCAGGAAGCGUGGCCGCACGGGGUCGGAAGACCAGCUUCUGCAGAAUCAGGUCCGACACCUGAUCAACCUGGACAAUGGUGACGGUAGCUGGCCGGAGGGUACUUCAGCCCGGUCAUUUGUGAUUCCCGAGUCGAACCAGCAGCUCAGUUCGCUCCAGAUGAGUGCACUUUCUGGCCCCGCAGGCAUGAAGCGUGCGUGUUGCGGCAGUGAAGCACAGAAGAUUGCUUUGAAUCCGAGUGUACGCACGUACUACUUGGACUAA